AUGUCAGACACAGAGGAUUUUGAGGUCCCACACGAUGACUUGGAAAACCCACUCCGUAUAGUCCUUGUUUUGGAUAUUGCAGGUAAGGAAACCACAAUGGAAGAAGAGAGAUUGCUUGACUCGGUACAAACGUUUGACGAAGUGAAUCUGUUUUUUGAUAAAUUUGAUGAGCAAAUCGCUGUGCCGAAUGAAGGACAUAUCAAAUACGAAGUGGGUAGUGAUGGAUUGGUUGUGAUAAUUGUUGACACAAAAGAAUUGGAAGACAAAGUGUUGGCAUUUGUCGAUGGAUAUGAAGGUGGGGAUGAGAAAAAGAUUAAGGAAGAGGAUCGUGAAAGUGGAAAAAAGAAUGUGGAUGAAGAUGAGGAUGAAGGAAAAGUUAAUGGAAAUGGGAAGAAAAGAAAAACAGAUGCUUAA